AAGUGCUUGUAAUGCUUCCGGCAGUCUAAAUGUUGAUACAUACAAAAUCAGCGUACAGACAUCCGACCGUCCUCGUAAAAUUUUGUUCGAAACGUUUUUUAUUUCCAAGUAGCAACAUAAAAUUAUUUUUAUAAACUAUAAGAUGGAUUAAUUAAAGUGUUUUCUCGAUGUACGUCUACUCAUAUUAUUGUACAAGUGCAAUAUGGUUGUGAUAGAGGCAUUUGAAGAUCACAAAAUUACUUGACCUUGACGUAUCGGGAGUAAAGCACUGCCUCAACCGCUUUGCGUUAUGAGACGUUCAAUAAUUAUCUCUUGAAUCACUCUAAAUUGAUGAGUAAUCUAUAGAAAAAAAAAUUUUUUUUAUUGUAUUUAUUAGAUGUAACAAAUUUGCACACUCAAUAUUAUUAAAAAUGAAUUACGUGAUAGACUUCAUCGGGUUCUACAUUGACGACCGAUUAAGAAUCGAAGAAUUUUGCGAAUGUAGAGUAAGUAAAAAGGGUGUUGAAGUAAGAAAUCCAAUGCUAUUUGCGAUUGAUCCUGACGAUGUAUCAUCUUAUGGUACAUCACAAAAUGGCAAUCAAGAAUACUAUCAGAAAUUCGGUAUCGGAGUCGCCUCCCCUAGGUAUUUGGUAUCCACGUUGAUCAAUUACAUCAACGAAUUAUUGUCAACCAAUGAAAAGAUCUUCGUAAGAAAUCAUGAGAAAAUACAGCAAUUGAAGGAUUUUAUGAAUAUGCCCUACAAUUACAAUAAUUUAAUGUCUUUAGAAGCCAAAGGCUGCGAUACGAGUCAUAUUAUUUUAGGUACAGACUGUCAGUAUCACGACAAUGAAUAUUUGAAUUAUUGCGUGCGUGAAAACGCUAAGUUUAUGGCAAAUUGGUUGAAAGAAAGGGAAUUCCCCGGAAGUAUUGCAGUUCUUGAUUUAAGCGGUUAUAGAACUUUUAACGGGAGUUUUGAAAUAAAAGAAAUAAGCAUUAUGAUUUUAAAUAAUUAUGGUUCCAUAAUUAAUAAUAUAUUGUUUGUAACAGUGGUUACUCAAGUAGAAGAUACUUCAAAGGAAUUUGUUAAGGCUUACAACAAAACAUACUAUAAUAAUUACGGUAUUAAAUGGAAAACCGGUAAUGUGCCAUUGCCAUUAUUAAGUCAUAAAAUUGUAAAAUUAUUAAUUAACCACGACGUAACGAAUAUUUUUGUUAAAAAUAUUGACAUUGAAAUAAAAUUGUCUUCACUUAUCAAAGAUAACCUUAAAUCCGAAAUUCAUCGGUUGACUGAUUAUGGCUUUAUAGAUCAGUUGACCGUUAACAAUCGAGCCUUAGAUUGCAAAUAUCACGAGCACCCAAAUUCACAAAAAAACAUCUGCGUUCAACAAACUAACUUACAAUUGGUGGAAUUUAUUAUCUAUAUACAGCUCUAUAAAAUGGAAGUUUUAGAGGGUGUUGAAAAGUUCAUGCAACUGUCGCAACAACAUCUCGGUGUUGGUAAUAGCAGCACUAGUGAUCUGUAUUUCAGUAAUUUACCGUCCAAUCAGAUUUAUACUGACUCGAAUGUUGACAGUGAAAUCACAGAAAGUGAAAAUGAUGAAAAAGAUGAUCGGCUUAAAGAAUUUAAUUUAGAUGUUAAUACUGAAAUAUUAGAUGAUAUUGAUAUAGAUAUAUUGCUGGAUGGUCAAGACGUUAAAAAUGAUGAUUUUAGUAUGAUUAAUUUUGAUAUUGAUCAGUUAUAAU